GCUGCGGACGUGGGCGCGCGGCAGGGCAUGGGCGGCCGCCGCCAGGAUGUGGCUGAAGCCGGAGGAGGUGCUGCUGAAGAACGCGCUGAAGCUGUGGGUGCUGGAGCGCUCCAACCGCUACUUCGUGCUGCAGCGCCGCCGCGGCUACGGCCAGGAGGGCGGCGGCGGCCUGGCGGGCCUUCUCGUGGGGACGCUAGAUGCAGUCUUGGAUUCUACAUCAAAAGUGGCUCCAUUUCGUAUCUUGCAUCAGACACCAGAUUCUCAAGUCUACUGGUCCAUUGCUUGUGGAGCCAGCAGAGAAGAAAUAACAGAACACUGGGACUGGUUGGAGCACAAUGUUAUGAAGACCUUGUCUGUAUUUGAUUCAAAUGAAGACAUUACUAGCUUUGUACAGGGAAAGAUCAGAGGCUUGAUUGCUGAAGAGGGGAAGGGUUCAUUCGUAAAAGAAGAAGAUCCUGAGAAAUUCCGGGAAGCUCUUCUGAAAUUUGAAAAGUGUUUUGGAUUGCCAGAGCAGGAGAAGUUGGUGACCUAUUAUUCAUGCAGUUACUGGAGAGGACGAGUGCCCUGUCAGGGGUGGCUUUAUCUCAGUACCAACUUCCUUAGCUUUUAUUCCUUUUUGUUGGGAGCAGAAAUAAAACUCAUUAUCUCCUGGGAUGAAAUCUCGAGACUUGAAAAGACCUCCAAUGUGAUCCUGACGGAGAGCAUUCACGUGCGCUCCCAUGGGGAGGAUCACUACUUUUCCAUGUUUUUGCACAUUAAUGAGACAUUUCUGCUCAUGGAGCAGCUGGCAAACUACACCGUUAGAAGACUUUUUGACAAGGAGACUUUUGAAAGUGACCAAAUCCUCCAUGAUCCCCUGCAAAUCACUAAGAGAGGUCUGGAGAGCCGAGCCCACAGCGAGCAGUUCAGUGCGUUCUUUAGGCUACCCAAAGAAGAGACCUUGCAGGAAGUGCAUGAAUGCUUCUUAUGGGUUCCAUUCUGCCAUUUCAGCACCCUGGGGAAAAUGUGCAUUUCAGAGAACUACAUCUGCUUUGCCAGCCAAGAUGGCAACCUGUGCAGUGUGAUCAUUCCUCUAAGAGAGGUUGUAGGUGUGGAUAAAGCUGAUCCAGCUAACAGAGGAGUCAGCAUUAGCAUCAAAGGAAAAAGAGCUUUUCGUUUCACAGAUGUUAAAGACUUUGAGCAACUGGUGGCAAAGCUUAGGCUCAAAUGUGGUGCGACGUCAAGUCCACAGCACGCUGCAAAUCCAGAGGUGACAGCACAGGUUGCCGUUAGUCCUGACCCUGAUAACUUGGUGGAUUAUUACGAGGGACGGUCGAUAGGGCAAAAAGACAGUAGCAAGACUGUCAGCACGGAAGCCCUUAUGACUGUUUUCCAUCCUCAGGAUGCCGAGAACCUCGACUCUAAAAUGUUAAAAGAAAAAAUGAAAGAGCAAUCCUGGAAUAUCCUCUUUGUAGAAUGCGGCCGUGGAGUUAGCACGUUUCGGACAAAGAAGACUCGUGACCUAGUAGUACGAGGGAUCCCGGAGACAUUAAGAGGAGAGCUGUGGCUUCUCUUCUCAGGCGCUGUUAAUGACAUGGCUACCAACCCUGGUUAUUACACCGAAGUGGUGGAAAUGUCCAUUGGGACAAGCACCUUAGCUACUGAUGAAAUUGAGCGAGACUUGCGUCGUUCCCUGCCUGAGCACCCAGCAUUUCAGAGUGACACUGGCAUUUCUGCACUCCGGAGAGUUCUCACGGCCUAUGCAUACAGAAAUCCCAAGAUUGGGUACUGUCAGGCAAUGAACAUUUUGACAUCAGUAUUGCUGCUGUAUGCUAAAGAGGAAGAAGCUUUCUGGCUAUUGGUUGCUGUGUGUGAAAGAAUGUUGCCUGAUUAUUUCAAUCGUCGAAUCAUCGGUGCCUUGGUGGAUCAGGCAGUGUUUGAGGAACUCAUCAGGGAUCAUCUGCCUCAGCUGACAGACCACAUGACAGACAUGACCUUCUUCUCAUCAGUCUCCCUCUCCUGGUUCCUUACCCUCUUUAUCAGUGUGCUGCCCAUUGAAAGUGCAGUCAACGUGGUUGACUGUUUCUUUUAUGAUGGGAUAAAGGCAAUCCUGCAGCUGGGUCUUGCAGUGCUGGACUAUAACAUGGACAAACUCCUGACCUGUAAGGAUGAUGCAGAGGCAGUGACUGUUCUAAACAGAUUUUUUGACAGUGUCACUAACAAGGACAGCCCCUUACCUCCAGCUGUGCAGCAGGCUUCAAACCUGUCCAAUGCCAAGAGUGACCACCCAAAAGUAGAUAUCACCGACCUGAUCCGAGAGGCAAACGAAAGAUAUGGUGAUAUUCGAUAUGAGGAUGUCCAGAGCAUGCGCAGCAGGAACAGGCUGUAUGUAAUCCAGACCCUUGAAGUUACUACAAAGCAGAAUGUGCUGCGUGUCGUAUGUCAGGAUGUAAAAUUCAGUCCUAGUGACCUGGAAGAGCUUUAUGAAUUAUUCAAGAAAGAACAUUUUCUAUCUUGCUACUGGAGUGUAAAUAGUCCAGUCCUGAGACACCACGAUCCCAGUCUGCCUUACCUGGAACAGUAUCGGAUCGAUUGCCAGCAGUUUCGGGUUCUCUAUCAUCUUUUGAGCCCGUGGGCACAUUGUGCAAACAAGGACUCUCUCGCGUUGUGGACGUUCAGGCUGCUGGACGAGAACUCGGAUUGCCUUAUAAACUUCAAAGAAUUUGCCUGCGUGCUCGAUAUUUUGUAUAACGGAAGUUUCACCGACAAACUGAAGCUGCUUUUUAAGUUGCACAUCCCUCCAGCUUUUACUGAAGUGGAAUCUCUAAGCCCUUCAAAAGGCAUUGAACUUUCCAAAGAAGAGUUGAUUCACUUCAGCCAGCUCACUGUUUCCUCUUCUGUGGACAGUCAGGAAGCUGAUGCCUUGAAGAGCCCAGAAAAAGCAGGUAAAGGGAAGGUUGAUAUUCAGGCUUAUCUGAAGCAGUGGCAAGAUGAGCUUCUUAAAAAAGAAGAAAAUAUCAAGGAUUUGCCUAGAAUGAACCAGUCACAGUUCAUUCAGUUCUCAAAGACUCUGUACAACUUGUUCCAUGGGGACCCCGAGGAGGAGUUGUUGUAUCGGGCUAUAGCAGUCGUAACCAGCCUCCUGCUGAAGAUGGAAGAGGUUGGGAGAAGGCUGCAGAGUUCCACGUCACCAGGCAAAAGUCCGGCUGUGGCAGUGGAGUCGACUGCUGAGGACCAAAAGAAACUGCAGGAGGAGAAUGCACCACAGCAGCCUGAAAGCAGUAAAAUGCAGGGUCCUCCCAGCACAGACCAUGAAUGGUCUUUUGCUUUUGAGCAGAUCCUGGCAUCCUUGCUAAAUGAACCGGCCUUGGUGAGAUUUUUUGAGAAACCCAGUGACUUAAAAGCUAAAGUAGAAAAUGCUAAAACUUCCCAACUGAAAGCAAGAAGCAGACUGUAACUUCCCCCCAUCUCUGCACCCUGUAUUAACACACAGCGCUUACAAAAGAAGGCCUUUACUAUAGGAACGGAGCCUGGAGUUUACUUUGUGAGUGGGGCUUGAGGGUUUAGCUGGACCCAUCACAUAAUGGUAUGCUUUUUUGAUGACAUUAAAUUUAGUUUGAAGCACAAUUGCUUCUUCACACUAUUCACAGAUUCACUGCAGAAAGGACUGAAACAUGAGUGGCAUUUUUUACCCCGUUCAAGUUAUGCAAUAUUUUUAAACUUCUAAAUGUUGACUGAAAGAGGGCAUGUUGGCAACGCUUUCUGUGUAUCAGCUCUUACUGGUUACACUCCCUUGGACAUGCUGCUCAUCCUCAGAGUGAUGAAUGUAAGGAUUUCUGCCAUCUUCCAUUAUGAUGAAUAGUGGUAUCAAAAUGUUUUAAUUUCUGCCUGGUCUGAUUUCCAGGAAGUCAUUUUUGAAGCUGUAUGUAGACUCUCAUCAAUCCGGGAUAGAAACCUCAGUCCUACUGAUAGGAAACUGUGGUCUAGUAGCCUUUGUGGCCACCAGAUCAUGGUGAUAGAGAAGAAUGCCACGUCACUUUAGUGUUAAUCUUUUUCUUGCUAGAUUUCACUAGCUUAAAAUGAAGAGUGGGUUUUAGAAAUGGGCCUUUGUGUAGGAUCCAGAUUAGAAUCCCAGUUUACUUAAUCGUAUCGUUUCUGAACUGGAUCCUUACAGCCCUGAUGCUUGUGAAUCCAAUGAAUGUGCUGAACCUCCCUCUCUCUCCCCCGCCCCAACUCCAGGGUUUUCGUCCAGCAGCCCAGAGGAGAGUAUGACCGCUGCCUGGUGGCAUCCUCUCCUUGCAAAGCAGGGAUGGUCACUGGUAAUCUUUUGGUUCCUCUGCUUCACAGUGUGAAGGCCAGGGAUGGGUCAUCAAAAGCUUUAAUCUCUUGUGAACUGGGCCCUAGUUUACUUGCUAGAGGCUCAAGGACCCCACGAAACAAUGGCUGCUCUUUUUGCUGUGUAAGGCAUAUGAGAUGAUGUAAAGGGAGGCCUGUUUGCUCAUCUGGAGGGCGCUGGAGACAUGCAGGAUCAUUUUCAAGGCCCAAAAAUAGCAAGUUCCUAAUAAGCUGAUCUGUGACUGCUGAACCAGGUUACUGGCAGAUUGCAGUGGACUCUGCUUUUUGUUAACUGUUAUCAGCGCCUACAGCUUGUAACUAUCUUCCUUUUUUAGUGAACUUUCUUUUUGGAUUAUUGCCACUGUAAAAUUUUAUAUCAGUCGACACAGACAGCAACAGCAAAAUCUUCCCGAGUCCCUCUGAAGUGGGACUUCAAAUACAUGUCAGCAGAGGGAAAAAGCAGCUUAGCUGGAAUCCUCGACAAUGGAACCAUCUUUAUUGUAAGGAUCCACUGAGGUAUGCCGAGUGGGCCUGAGCAUUGUGUAGCUUGUAUUUAAAGUGGCUUUGACAAAGAGGGGGGAGAACACCUUGUAUUUAUAUAUAAACUCGAGAACAGUGAACUGUUUGAAAUGCAUAUUUCUAAAGCCUGCAUGACAGUUUCUCGCUGCAAAGCAACACUAUUUUUAUAUAGUGUGAGUAAUUUGUAAGGAGGUAGGGACGGAUGUUGUAGCACUAUUAGAUGCCUUUCUGAGAUGCUUAAAUAGAGUAGGACCAUCACUGCUUUUUUCUGAUCUGGCAGGAUGACAAGGAAAUUCCACCACUAUAGCCAUGUGAAAGCCACGGUCUCCUCUAAAUAAAUUAGCCAGCAGGUAUUCUCCAGGUCAUAAGCAAUGAAUGUGUGUAUCCAUUCUUUCCUAAUCUCAGGAAUUAAUAAGAACUCAAAACUCAAAUGAGCAAGUAUUAAUUAUGGACAAUUACAUAAUACAUAGAGUUCAGCUCUUGAGCAGCUUUCUUUAGAAACUUUCAUAAAAUAGAUUGAUAUUAUAUAGCCUUGAUUUGUAUCUUGCAGGUUGAAAUAUAGGCUACAUAUAGCCUUUCCCAUGCAUUUUGUAAGGCAAAGUCAGGCAGCAGAGAAUUGGAUUGUAUUUACUAGAAGUUUUUCACAAUGCUUUCUGUAAGAAUUUAGAAAACAAAGCCAGUCAUUUUGAUCUUGCCAGACAAACCUUUACUCAAGUGUGUAAUUCUUAGGCAAGCAGCCUCAGAUUUGAAGCCAAUGCAGCUGUUCACAUAAAAUGGAUUUUACAGGAUCUAACCCUGUAUUUUUAAUUUCCAAAGACAUUUCGCAGCAGGCAGCGUUUGCUGAGCCAGCUUAGAAGUUGAAAUGUUUCUUGAAUUUUUAGUAUUAGAUAAAAUUUUGUGGUGAGGAAACAACCAAGUUGUUUUCACCGAUCAUUAUAUGCAGGUUCCAAUAUAUGCAUGGAGAAGGUACUAAGGAAACCUGUGAAGUACGGUAGUCUCAUGAUAUUAAAUGGGUCCGUGACAUAAGAUAGGCACUUUUAAAAAUGUCACAUCAUGCAAUUUCUGUUACUGUUGUUCAAAGAUAAGAUAUAGAGACAUUUAUUAAUGAUAUGAUAUAUAUGGAAAGUCUGUAUCUGUGUCUAUAAGAUAAGUAUCCUAUAUAUUUAUAUACAGAAUGAUCAGCAAAUCUUAAAAUGGAUUUAAAAGCGAAUAUAUCAGAAGUGCAGUCCUUCGUUUAUUUUUGUAUUCUCCUGGGGCCUUUUGUCCGUCUUUAGUUCCCCUUAUUUAUUAGAGGUUUUUGGCCAUUGAAAAUAUGUCUAUUUUAAUAAUUCCAUGAUAAGCCCCUAGCUUAGUCCCGUAGGAAAUAGCUGUAGCGUUGUGCCAGACGAGCCGUGGGCAGCGGUGGUUCCCGGGUCUCUGGCAGGUCACGUUCAGUUGGGAAAGCUUGGAAGAAAUGAUGUCGCAACAGAUGGGAGAGUCACGCAGUUGCUUAAGCAGAGUGGACUUGUUAAACUUAGUUCUUGGAAGCCGUGGAUCGGAUUCUUAUCCCCUUUACACCAGCUUUUAGCUCUGCUCUGAUAGACGCUUACCUGCAGCGACUGAAUUCCCUGGAGGGUUGAAGGAAGCAUGCAUGUUUCUUAGGGUUGUACCCUGAGUUCACUUUGACUGACUGACUGUCCAGGGGAUGCUCUUGCUUUGUCCUGGGUGACUGAGUGCGGCAUCUGGCCCUGUGUGUCUCCCCCCUGCCUUGGUGGAGGGAGCCUGGCCAACAAAAGAGAUAUAAGCCUAGUUGAUGGAGUGGAAGCUUUUCUUCCAUGGAGCAUCUGCUGGGAAGCUGCCUGUCCUAGUAAGUAGACCCAGGGUGACCAAGCGUCUCAGACACCCUCCUUUGAAGUUGCGCAGCAGAUGUAGCAGACAGGUGAGUCUGCUCCUUAGAGCGUUGCCUUUAAAAUCCUCCCUGAUGAUGCAGAAACAAUCCUAGUCUGCUGUCCCAGCCCUUAUGAGGGACUGACUGCAUCUCUUUGUCGAAGUCCAGUUGUCUCCAUUUAGAAGGGCAUCGGGCUCGGCAGAGGCUUUGGCAGUGGCAGAGUCCCUGACCUGGAAUUAUUAGAGGAAUAAUAAAUUCCCUCUGGAAUUUCACCUAAUUUUCGUGAGCCAACAAGUUCAGUGUGAUUUAUGCACUGGACAGGGCCCUUCAUUAGGUGCAGGGCAAACUGUCUUCAAGGUCUAUUGGUAAGCCCUGCAUGUCUCUGGUAGCUUUCCCCUGGAAGGGGAGGACAUGCUGCUUGAACAGCUUGCCAGCAGAGAACGAGGGAGCUCAAAUAAAGCGUUCCCUCGCCCCGUUCCAAAUCAAGAAGCACUGGGACGAUGCUAUCAGCUGUCUGUCUCUUGCCAAGAUGUAGGGAUAGGUUGUUUUCCAUAUAAAAGGGACACUGAGCUGGAGAGUUCAGCAGAGACAUAGCUUGGUCGUACUCACGGUUUAUUGCUCAGGCCGUUGUCAAGUAGAACCAGGUGCUGUGAAACCGCGAGCGUGCUUUUGAAGGCAGGGUAAGGAGAGGCUCAUCCCUCCAUGGCCUGACCAGCUGUCAGUAUGAUCUGAGCAGCCCUUCCUCACCCGCUGGGCAACACGCUUUGGGGCCAUUGCCAUGGUGGUUGUCACAUAAAAUACCUUUCUAAAACUGGGACCAGAAAAGCCAAACGUGCUAAUGUAAGGGACUGGCUAAUGCAGGGGUAGUGUGUCCCCUUGCCCCCCCAUGCGUGUGACCUGGAAAGACGUGUUGUGGGACGCUUGGAUAGACUUCAGAAGUUAUAACAGCAGCAAGGGGAAAUAGACAGCUAACCUUAACAGGAGCGUUGCUAGGCUGGAACCACAAAAUCAGUCUGGUAGUUAAUAUUACCCCAUCGUUUCCUGGUGUAUGCAAAAGACUGAGGGGAAAGCAGAACUUAGGAUUUCCGUUGCUUUGAGACUGCAUAUUUCCAACUUGCAGGGGGAUUGUUAUAGCACAAAGUCAAAUGUUUCCAAGAAGUUAGGGAUAGCUUUGACUUAGAGGCCACAGAAGAAAGCCUCUGAGUUUCACACUGCUCUUCUCUUAGAGGAAAAACAGUAACUUUUACUGUUCCAUAGCUAGAUGCAGCUCCUGAGCGUGGCUGGUACGGUUGGCCAACAUUGCAACUAGGAAACGUGUGUUUUAGCUACAUUAUUAAAAGUUCAUCACCCUGUUGUACUAAACAAAAUACUGCAAUUUAAUUGCAGUGAUUUGGAUUUAAAAAACAGAACUAACAGCCUUGUUCCAGUUUGUUUGCAGAGAAAUAAAAAGUAUCUCGUCUUUUUUGCUGCCGUUCUAUCAUCGAGAACGUGUCGUACGUGUGUGUGCGCUGGCACGCUGGCCUGUUGUAUGCUGUACUGUAAGCAGCAGAAGCUGUGUAAAUCUGAUGGGAUAGCCAAUAAACUCAUUUCACAGAAA